AAAGAAGAAAACAGCUGAUCUUGCCGCUGGCGCCGCCGUGCUCUCCCUGAGACAUUGUGAUGCAAUUUUUGUUGUGUUUUCAGGCCUAAAAGUGAAAGUUUCCACUGAUAAGCAGAUUCCAAAGCGCCAGAGUUGUUGAGCUUUCGUCGAGGGAGUCACCAGAGGCGAAGAAAAGCGACUGGAAAAACCCCAAAGAAAGUCUUGUUGGGAAAAGUCGAGGGAGGGCAUAGUUCAAAGCAACAAUCCAGAACGUGACGCACACAUGAAUGGUUUUGGAUAUAAUUGAUUCAUCCCGUCGUGGCCUGAGUUAGCGCAGCCAAUGCCUGGUGGGCUGGACACCAAACUGGGCACUCAUUCGGGAGGCCUAACCUCAAACCGCAAGGCACAAAUCCAAUCCGGCACAAAGUGAUAUCAAACGCAACGUUCCCAAUUCCACAACUCCAUUCCCGCCUCCAUCCACACGAAAGUGUUCCACGAGUGAGGUGACCAGAAGGAUGCAGCGCAUAAUGCCCGCCACCUGGAGCAGUGGUGGUGGCGGCCUGCUGCCAUUUCGCAUCUCCACCACCACAAAGGUUGUCUUCUUCUCGCUAACCGCUGGAGUGGCCCUUAUGGGUGUACUCUCUCGCUUCCUGCGUCGUCGCAAGCCACCACGUCCUCCACGGCGCGCCAGGAAGUACACAGGACGACGCACACGCAACAGCAUGCGCAGUCCCAACGAUCUGAUAUCCAUUGCCGGGUCCAAGGCCUCGGCCAGAUCUGGCAGCCCCGUGGGCUCCACAAUAGCCUUCUCCGAUCGCCUUUCCAUGGCUUCGGGGUCCAUUGGAGCGGGAGCUCUGAUGCAGAAUGCUGGCGGCGCAUCAGUAGUGACACAACUGACAGCCCAACAACUGGGCGUUAUGGGCAUGGAGGCGCUGGACACGGUGAUUAACUUCUGGGAGGAUGCCCUGGCGGCACACUAUUCACCCGGCGGCUUGCCCGCCCUGCUGACCACUGCCGAGGACUCGGAGUUCUGUCGCGAAAUCCAGAAUCUCCUGGAGAUGGCCUACACGCUGCAGGAACAGAGCGAGCUGCUGUUCCUGGACCAGCGUUCGGUGCUGUUCCGCGAGGAGCAUUCCAUUGACGAGGCCGAGGAGGACGGAGCUAACACGGACGAUGAUCGGCGCUCGAGAAAAUCCGGCAGUGUUUUGAGCCGGGCCGGUUCCGAUCCCAAUUUCGAUUCCGCCGAGAGCUUUGCCUCCGCCCUGGACCAGGUGGCCGAUCUUCGGGAGUUCGAGGGCUUCAUCGAGACCUCGUACGAGGAGUAUCCGCUCUUCCAGAGCGCCCUCAAGCAUCAUGACGAGUACACGGUGCCGUGCCGCACCAUUCGGGCGGACUUGAUGCAUUGUGACAGCGACACCGAGUAUCUGGCGAAGCUGCACUGCGUCCGUCUGGCCUUCCAGUUUCUGUUCAAGGAUCCCGCCGUCGGCCAGUGGAUCUGCGAUUCCGGACGUCAAAUACUCACGGACCUGCUCUGCCUCGGCGACAAGGACACCAAGGAGUUUCUGGUGGGCUACGAGGACAUGGUCAAUUAUCUGCACGACUCCACCAACUGGCCGUGCAUCCAGCUGGAGCUUGAACAGCGCAAUGUCAAGGCAAUGACAUUCUACGACAUCUGCCUGGACUUUAUCAUACUGGACUCGUUCAAGGAUCUGGAUGCACCGCCGGCCAGUGUUACAGCGGUGGUUCAGAAUAGAUGGUUAUCCAAUGGAUUCAAGGAGACGGCCCUGACGACAGCCGUGUGGUCGGUACUGAAAGCCAAGAAGCGAAUGCUCAAGUUCCCCAAUGGCUUCAUGUCGCACUUCUACGUAAUAUCCGAGCAGAUAUCACCGUUGAUGGCAUGGGGAUUCUUUGGACCGAACGAGAAUCUGCGCGAUAUUUGUCACUAUUUUCGGGAGCAAUUGCUCGCCUUCCUUGGCGACAUAUUCAGCUUCCAGAAGAGCCGCUUCACCACAAUCGAGGAGUUCUCCCAGGACGUGCUCCAGCACAUGCAGACGCGUGUCAAUAAUAUUGGCGUUAAAUUUAGCCAAUAAGGUCAUCCAAUUUAUAGAAAAUAUUUUUUUUUUUACUUUAACUUUCCCCCCAUAUCCUAGACAUCCAUAUUAUGUUUUAAUGGUUAACCUUACAUACUUGCACACUUUUGUCAUCGGACUAUUAAGACUCGAUACUAUUUGAUUUGGUAGUUUCACUAAGAAAUCCUCCACAAGUUGACUAAUUCUAAUCACACACAAAAAAAUAUCAUCGUCAUUUUAUGAUUAAGCUGCAUUUAAGACGCCAAAAAAAAAGCUAAAAACAUUUGUAAAAUAAAACUGUUUACCGCCCGAUCCAA